AGAAACAACACACCCGUCCGUCACGGAAUUCAAGAAUCAGUUUCUUCAGUGUCGUUUCGUGACUCUGGCUCAUCUUGCUUUUGUUGGCGGUGUGGUAGAUUCUAGGGAGCGUUUUCCGGAGUGUUUUCCUUCGCAUUCGGUGUGUUCUUUUGCGGGCAAGAAGUUUUAGUCACGGAGUUUACGAGUUGAGAAAGGCGGUUCAGGAAUUCGACCGAAAUCCGGGGGGAAUUUCCGGAACGGACACGGGACAGGUUUUCGCUCGGCGAUCGUUUCUUUUGCUUUAUGGUGUUUGUGUUGUGGCGCUGUUGCUGUUAGUGGUUGUCUUAGCGACAGACACGUUUAUUGUUGAUUGCCGAAGAAGGCGUUGUGGAUCGAGGGGAGUGUCGAAAGGAGGGAGGAAGUUCGUGUUCAGCCAGAAAUUCCGUUCCAGGUUCGCGAUCUUCUCCCAGAAGCCAGUCAGUGGAGGAAAAACGCGAAAUUGAAUCUGUGACGUUUGGAAACUCGAGUUGUUAAGCGGUGUGAGUGUGCGCAAUCAUGCGUAAACAAUAGUCGCGUCGGAAUUGAAAUACAGCAGUUUCAGGGCCUACUCUUGUGAAAAUACUGUGUGUUGUGUUGCAAAUCCAGCAGCUCAGAAAGUGCGAUCGACGAUCAAAGUGGCCGCAGAAAAUAUACGAUCUAUGUUCUAUUCGCGGAGUGCUCGUUGAUUGAUAAAAAGGGUAUUUUCGAGGUGAAGAUCCAUUCGCCCACGGUCGCGGAAAAGUGUUCAUAUUCAGAUUAUUGGUGUGUCAUAGCGGCAAAUAGCUCUAGAAUACCUGUUGUGUGAUUCAGGGCUUUUUUUUUUCGGUGAAGGGUGCGAAGGAAUUUCGCUUUUUGCGAGUGAGUGAGAAAGCGAAGGAAUCAUCCAUUUAGUGGCCCGAGACUUAAAACGGAGCAGGCGGUGAGAAGCAGCUUCAGAGCAGAGCCCCGUAGUAAAUAGCAUAAAAAGAGGAACGACGGAGCGGAACUACUGCUCGGCAAACUCAAAAUGGCGGAAUCAUAUUAUCAGGGCGAUUACAUCAAACACCCGGUACUGUACGAGCUCAGUCACAAAUAUGGCCUCACAGACAACCUCCCGGAGAGCCUGCUGCCAAAUCGGCUGGAGGAGAUCAAAGAAGCCAUCCGGCGGGAGAUUCGCAAGGAGCUCAAAAUCAAAGAGGGCGCGGAAAAGCUCCGGGAAGUGGCCACCGACCGGCGAUCGCUCUCGGAUGUGGCCUCAAUCGUCAAGAAGAGCAACAACAAACUGGCAGAGCUGAAGUCCGAACUGCACGAACUGGAAAGCCAAAUCAUACUGACGCAGGGCAACAGCGUCAGCAGCAGUAACGGACAGGAUAUGAUUCCCUCGCCCGUCACACCGAGCGGCCCAGCCGAGCUCACACCAAACGACAAGCUGCUCUUCUCGCUGGAGAAACAGCUCAGCAUAGAAACCAAGGUGAAAAACGGCGCGGAAAACAUGAUCCAAUCGAUCUCCAGCGGGCACCACGGUCGGGACAAGAAACUGCUGGCCGAGGCACACCAGAUGCUCGCCGAUUCCAAAGCCAAAAUCGAAUUCCUCCGGUUACGGAUACUGAAGGUCAAGCAGAACAAGCUCAACAACAAGGUGCCGGAGGAGAACGGCGAAAACAGGCCCCGGGAGCUGGAAACCUCGCUGGAGGAUCGGAUCGAUGAGUUGAGGCACCGGUUACGAAUCGAGGCGGCCGUGGUGGACGGAGCGAAAAAUGUCAUUCGGACGCUACAGAGUACAAAGACAAUCGAUAAGAAGGCACUGCAAGAGGCUCAAACCCGCCUAUCGGAAUCCUCCCGCAAGCUUGACCUGCUCCGGAAAGCCCUCGAACUGCGACGGUUAGAACUGCCACAGGAUUCCCAGGCGGCAAUACAGCUCAAAGCCGAACUACAAAAUGUGCAAGCAUCGAGUCCGGUUCCAGUCCAGUACACCUCCCUGCAUCCGUUCCGGGGUACGGCCCAGGGGAAACCAGCCCACAGUCUGUCGUUCAGUCGAUGCGCCGCCGUAACCGGUAAGCUCGAGGUUCGCCUGAUGGGCUGCCAAGACCUGCUAGAAGACGUACCUGGGCGAUCGCGACGCGAUAAAGAUUCCAGCUCUAGUCCGGGAGACCUGAAAAGCUUCGUCAAGGGUGUCACCAGCCGAAGUUCGUCCAAGAGCUACAGCGUGAAGGACGAGACGUCGUCGGAGAUUAUGGCUGUUAUUAAGUUAGACAACAUCACCGUGGGUCAAACGUCGUGGAGGCCAUGCUCCCAACAGGCUUGGGAUCAGCGCUUCUCGAUAGAUCUAGAUCGAUCGCGAGAGCUUGAGAUUGGCGUCUACUGGAGGGACUGGCGAUCACUGUGCGCGGUCAAAUUCCUACGCCUGGAAGAGUUCAUCGACGAUAUCCGGCACGGGAUGGCUCUGCAGCUGGAACCGCAGGGUCUUCUGUUUGCAGAGAUCAAAUUCCUCAACCCGAUGAUAUCGCGCAAACCAAAGCUCCAACGUCAGCGGAUGAUCUUUAACAAACAACAAGUUAAGAACAUUCCCCGGGCGAAACAGAUGAACAUCAACGUAGCAACGUGGGGACGAUUGCUGAAGCGAAACACCAAUACACCGGCGGCAGGAACCGCCGGAACGCAGCCAAUGAUCACUACCCCUACGACCGCUAGCACCAUUUCGACACCAUUUGAUAUAGUGACGGAAAACGACCCGGUGGAAACGCUUGGUGAGUCAGCCGACUUCAACACUGUCGGAUUGGGUGGCGGAAGACCGCUUGGAAUCCAUGGUGUCGCCGUCCUACCGGAGAGUCCCUCAUCCCACUCGCUGCAGAAUCAGGUUACGUCCCCGACGGGAAUGCGACCGAUGCAGCCACCGCAGUCGAUCAGCACCCCACCCAGCUUCCGCCAGAAGAAACCUCCGAUGCCAUCACCUCCAUCACAGCAGCAAAUCGGUUCGCCUGCCUCUAGCAAAAUGGACCAAGAGUUGCAGAAUGCCCUGAGGGAGUUCGACUUCCUCCAGCAGCACGAUAGCAGUCUCGGCAGCGAAGGCCAACAGCAACAGCAGCAGUCGGAAGUUGCCCCGCAGUUUGCAACUCAGUCAUCAGCUCACCGGAAUCGAGAAACCGGGGAAGACGACCUGGACUACAAUGUGCCACCACCUCCACUCCCUGACACACCGCCACCCACGGUUCCGAAUUCGGCGGCUUUGCAGAAGUCCCUUUCGGGAGAUUUGCUCAGGCCUGUUCUCUCCAUGCCACCAGUGGUGCUUAUGGGAGGCGGUGGGUCCAACCGGAACAGUUACAUAUCAUACAGCACGGCCAGUCCGAUCGUGGAGGAACCGCCCUCUCCGGCCCCCAACGUGGAGUAUCCGUUCGACGACUAUGCCGCGUACUCGGUGACGGUCAGCGAUGGUGUCGGAACGUACGACGAGAUUAUCGAGAUCAUCCAACCCUUCGAACAGCUGGGCGUAUCGGGCAAUAUUGUUCCAAUACAGACACCACACCAUCACCAGCAGGCACAAGCGGCGGCAGCGGCAACGGCAGCAGCGGCCGUAGCGCUCCAACAGCAACAGUACUACCAACAGCAGCAACUGCUACUCCAGCAGCAACAACUCCAGCAACAGCAAGCUCAUCAACCGCAACAGCCGCAGCAUGAUAUGGCAGUCGCGGGACCGGCUGGUGCGAUACCUCCGAACAGGCGGCAAGGUCCGGCGCGGGCCCUCCAGUAUCGGGACAGCGCGUACGAAAGCCGCCGCCAGUCGCAGGCCGGUGCCACCGGUAUGCACAUCGACAGCUUCCGGUUGCUGAGCGUCCUAGGCCGGGGUCACUUCGGCAAGGUCAUUCUGGCCCAGUACCGGAACACCGGCGAGUACUUUGCCAUCAAGGCACUCAAAAAGGGCGACAUCAUCGCCCGGGACGAGGUGGAAUCCUUGCUCAGCGAAAAGCGCAUCUUCGAGGUGGCCAACACGAUGCGACAUCCGUUCCUGGUGAACCUGUUCGCUUGCUUCCAGACUGAGCAACACGUCUGUUUCGUGAUGGAGUACGCCGCCGGAGGUGAUUUGAUGAUGCACAUCCAUACCGAUGUGUUCUCGGAGCCGCGGGCGGUAUUCUAUGCCGCUUGCGUCGUGCUCGGUCUACAGUAUCUACACGAGAGCAAAAUCAUCUACCGUGAUUUGAAGCUCGAUAAUCUACUGCUGGAUACGGAAGGUUACGUGAAAAUUGCCGAUUUCGGUCUGUGUAAGGAAGGAAUGGGCUUCGGCGAUCGAACGGGAACGUUCUGCGGUACGCCGGAAUUCCUCGCUCCAGAAGUGCUCACCGAAACGUCGUACACUCGGGCGGUCGACUGGUGGGGCUUGGGAGUGUUGAUCUUCGAAAUGCUUGUCGGAGAGUCACCUUUCCCGGGAGAUGACGAAGAAGAAGUAUUUGAUUCGAUCGUGAACGACGAGGUUCGGUAUCCGAGGUUCCUGUCGCUGGAAGCGAUAGCCAUCAUGAGAAGGCUUCUGCGGAAGAAUCCCGAAAGGCGGCUUGGCUCAUCUGAGCGGGAUGCCGAAGACGUGAAGCGACAGGCCUUCUUCCGAAACAUCGUCUGGGACGAUCUGUUGCUCAGGAAGGUGAAGCCUCCGUUCGUGCCAACCAUUCGCUCCGCGGAGGACGUUUCCAACUUCGACGAGGAGUUCACAUCGGAGAGGGCCGCCCUAACGCCACCGAAGGACCCGCGUGUUCUGACCGAGAGCGAACAGACUUACUUCAAGGACUUCACCUACAUGGCCGACUGGUGUUGACAGUAGUGGUAGUGAGACGUAGGGUUAGAAGAAAAGUGAUCCCAGAGACGCAGGACAGGCACUCACUGCUGGUUGGGUUCAACGAUGCAACAAAAUGGUUUCCCACAAGUUCCCCCUCAAAACCUCAGAUAUCUCCAAAACUAUAGCUACCUAAUGUCGUCUAUUGGUUAUUGCUGUUCGUGUACCACUAUACUGCAACUAUGAACAUGAUCAUCAACCUUAUACGUAUACAUAUAGGAACGUGCUGUUGUACCACUACUACUAUCUUCUACUGCAGCUUAGGAAAGAUACGUUUCGUUCGUUGUUCUAUUUGUUAAUUUUUACGUGAGCAGCUACUAUUACGACACGCUUCGAUGCAUAUCACACUCAUUAUUCCUUUAUCCGUAGCAGAACAGAAAAGAAAAAAGCAUGCAUAAGAAUGCGUUAAAACUAUGUAUGCAACCCCUUGUUAAUAUAUUACCAUUAGGCAACAAAGUGGACACACAAACAAGUUAUAUACAAAGAAAGGAAACACUAGGAAAAAUAAAAAAAAGCAUUGUUGAGCAAAAAAAAGGAAUAAACGCGUUUGGCGCAUGUGUUUGAAAUGUCUUCCAAAGGACACACCCAUACACAAAAAUCAGGAACUGUGACGGCUUCUCAGCUUGUUUUUAGACGAAUUUAAGCUUAACCGUUGUAGAGCAUGCACUUUCCAUCACUCACUCACUCACACAUAGACAGACGCGGAAAAACAACCGAAAAGGAAUAUUUGUCAGGUGCCUUUCUUGAAUUGUUGUAUUGGAAAUUGUUCCACAAGCGCGAUCAAUUUGCAAACAUUGGUGUGAGACUUACUUUCAAGCCGAAUUGUGUAUACUUUUGCGUUAGUUUUUAUGUUUGUAUGAAUUGGGACUCUCCCCCCUAGCAGGACUUUGUAUAGACAAACACUCAUACACAAGUACAUGGAUAGAUAGCUGUAGAGUGACUUGAGCCGGAUGGAUGAUCGAUCAUCGUGUUAGAAAAAAAAAAAACGUUGUUUUAAACAUGCCUUUAUUUAUGAAUAAACCCCACUUGACUUAGAAUUUUGUACUACCAUUAUUCUUUUAUGCAGAAACACAAACUCAUACACUCACCUCAAGCUAACCGAAUCAAUCACUUUACUGGCGCGCAGAAAAUGUAUCAUUUGAGUUGAGCUGAAUAAAGAACGCAAAGCAUUAUCAUCUUAACACAGUUGCAGAUAAAAAAGCGAUAACAAUUCAGUAUAAGCAGCUGAGUGCUGCCGCUGUUGAAGUGAAGAAAAGUAAAACGUUGUUUAUUAUUUUUAUUUUAGUAUCAUUAGUUAUGUUACGCUAGUUUACACACAUCAACAAUUAACAUACACACAUGUGAUUAUAACUUUUAUCAAGAAAAAAAAAGAAGAAAACAUAAUAAUAAUAUACAUUACGAAACAGGAACGGAAAUAUUGAUGAUUGUAGGCGAGAAGAAAAUUGUACUAAUAGUCGUUUAUUGAUAAAAAGAAAAGCAAUUUAUGCAUUUUUGAGAAGGUUAACAAAUGAAAUGAAAAAUACAUUACAAGCGUU